AUGGAACAUAAUCUUCAUAACAAUACGCCGGUUCAUUGGGGCUACGGAGUGGCUCCUGUGCCGACUACGCCGCACAGUCAGUGGGCUCCGCCACCUCAAAGUCAUAGCUUGAAGCGAGCAUUGUCCGAAAGUGAUUGUGAUGAACUCUACUCUGAGGAAUCCUCAAAGGAACAAGUUUCUCCCAGCGAAACUGGAAGUUGUCAGUUAUUGACACGUAAGAAAAGACGAGGUGUUAUUGAGAAGAAGCGACGGGAUCGCAUAAAUUCUUCGCUCACCGAGUUGAAACGUCUCGUGCCAACGGCUUAUGAAAAGCAAGGUUCUGCUAAAUUGGAGAAAGCUGAAAUCUUACAAUUAACUGUGGAACAUUUGAAAAAUCUGCAAUCAAAAGGUAUUGAAUCGUUCAGCUAUGAUCCUCAACGCUUCGCCAUGGAUUACCAUAUUAUCGGCUUUCGAGAGUGCGCUGCCGAGGUGGCGCGCUACUUAGUGACCAUAGAGGGUAUGGAUAUUCAGGACCCACUCCGCCUACGCCUCAUGUCGCAUUUGCAGUAUUUCGUGCAACAGCGUGAACUGUCGGCCAAGAGUUGUGCCAGUCCCGGCGGCUGGACGUCGGCGUCCGCAUCCAGUGGCUAUCAGACAAACUGUAGUGCAGCACCUUACCAACCUUACCCAGGCACACCUACUGCUCAUCCCAGCCUCAAUCCCACGUAUAUGCCGACACCAAUACAUGCCUAUCCCACGCUGAGCACCUCGCCAAGCAGCACUACGCACCUUCAGCCGCAUCCGCACCACCUUCAACAACACAGCACACAACAGCAGCAGCUGCAGCAGCAAUCUCAGCAGCAAGCGGCGUCUGGACAGGUUAACCGAGCUUCUUCGGCCAAUGGAACAGUGACGAGUGAAACGAUGCCUAUCAUAAGUCACGCAACCAAUCAGCCAAAUCAACAACAACAACAGCAGCAAUCGCUCUCAACGCAUCAAACACAGGCAGCGUCAUCACAGUUGCAGCAAACACCUGUGUCGCACGAAUCACAUCUUCAACAGCAACCACAACAGCCACCACCACCUCAAGCGCAGCCGCAGCCUCAACACUACACGCAAGAACACACGCACACCGAUCAACAAGUCGUCACUUAUGCGGACUUAUCCAACGCCCAGGCUCACAUUGAUCAUCGCAAUCCCACAGCGGCCAUUGCCGCAACUGGUCUGAACUACCCUGGCUCCACACAUUAUCCGGUUGCAGCUGCCCAGGAGUACAAUUCAAAUUACGUGGCCGCGAACGGUUCCAAGCCUUAUCGACCAUGGGGUGCCGAAAUGGCCUAUUAACGGCCAUAUGCAAAUGUAUAGCAAUAACUUAUGCUAACUGUUGUUGAAAAACGGAGUAAUGAUAUUCAUAACCUAGUCACGAAAGAUAAAAGAAUUCAAGUCCAACUUACCUAAUUUAUUUGUAGAAAUUAUGAAAUAAGGAAAUAUUAAUGUUAACAUUUUCUAACUGUUGUAUACUAUAUGUAUGUAUGUGAAAUCUACUUACAUAUACAUAUGUAUGCAUACAGUGAUCCAACAUGUACAAAUAUACACUUUAAGGGUUUUUCCGGGAAAUAGGAUUAAUUAAUUUUAAGCUUUAAUAUACACUUGGUAAACGUGAGAAU